AACAAAUCACUAGGAAGUGGAACUUUUAUUUUUGUUUUUGAAAUAGAAGGUAUUUGCAAUUAACGAAAACCUAGGGUUGGUAAAUAUAAUUUAUUUAUUUUUAAAUUUUAAAACUCCAAACCACUCCCCCCGAGAUUGAAGUUCAAGCUCUGAACUUUGCACAGACGAUCAGAGGGACAAAAUCUCAGGAAGCGAGGAGAAGGUUUUCUCUGCAUCAACGGCAAUGGAACCCUUCAGCUUCCCCUCGUCGGCGUCGAUCGCGCAGCAGACGUGGGAGCUGGAGAACAACAUAGUGACGAUGGACAAUAGCACCUCCUCUGCCGCCGACUCCGACGGCAUUUUCUACUACGACGAGGCUUCGCAGGCGAAGUUCCAGCAGGAGAAACCAUGGGCCAACGAUCCUCACUACUUCAAGCGCGUCAAGAUCUCCGCCCUCGCCCUCCUCAAGAUGGUGGUUCACGCCCGCUCUGGCGGCACCAUUGAAGUGAUGGGCCUGAUGCAGGGCAAGACCGACGGCGACGCCAUCAUCGUCAUGGAUGCCUUCGCCUUGCCUGUCGAGGGAACCGAGACCAGGGUCAAUGCCCAAGCCGACGCCUACGAGUAUAUGGUUGAUUAUUCCCAGACCAACAAACAGGCAGGGCGAUUGGAGAAUGUGGUAGGGUGGUACCACUCUCAUCCUGGGUAUGGAUGCUGGCUUUCGGGUAUUGAUGUUUCAACGCAGAUGCUCAACCAGCAAUUUCAGGAGCCCUUUUUGGCGGUUGUUAUUGAUCCAACGAGGACUGUUUCGGCGGGUAAAGUCGAGAUUGGAGCGUUCAGAACUUAUCCAGAAGGAUAUAAACCUCCAGAUGAGCCAGUGUCUGAGUAUCAGACCAUCCCUUUAAAUAAGAUUGAAGAUUUUGGUGUACACUGUAAGCAGUAUUAUGCACUAGAUAUCACGUACUUCAAAUCUUCUCUUGAUUGCCACCUCCUGGAUCUGCUUUGGAAUAAGUAUUGGGUGAAUACUCUUUCAUCUUCUCCUUUGUUGGGAAAUGGGGACUAUGUUGCUGGGCAAAUUUCUGAUCUAGCUGAAAAGCUUGAGCAGGCAGAAAAUCAACUGGCUCAUUCACGCCUUGGCCCCCUUAUAGCACCCCCUCAAAGAAAGAAAGAGGAAGAAUCUCAACUUGCUAAGAUUACUCGUGACAGUGCAAAGAUAACUGUCGAACAAGUGCAUGGUCUAAUGUCUCAGGUGACAGGUUAUUUGUGUUUUUUGGAUUCUUGUUUUCCAAUUCAGAAAGAUCAUUUACUGGAAGUAACUGUUUCCCUUAAAUCCUUUCAGGUUAUAAAGGACAUUCUUUUCAACUCUGUGCGUCAGUCUAGGUCUCGAGUAGAGUAUUCUGGUCCUGAACCCAUGGUUGAGUCGUGAUGUUGCCCUUACUGAGUCCUCUAUAGCUGCACAACCAGGUUUACCGUAAAUAUUGACACAGGCCAAAAGUCAUGGAAGUUUUUUCACCUCUAUUUUGAUGUAAAUCCUUCGCUUGUUUAUUUUUGGUUUAAUGGAAUUAGGAGUAUGCUUUUGAUGUUUAUUACUCACUAGAUUCCUUGACAACAAAAUGGUAAUUCCUGGUUUCACCGCCCCCCUUAAUAUUUUACUCAAGAUAUUGCUGAAUGUGGUUGGAAUCGAUGUAACUUGCUUGUGGUUUA